AUGCCGGUUGGAACUCAGGGUACAAUGAAGGGGUUAUUACCUGAUCAGCUAGAAUCUCUUGAUUGUGAAAUCAUACUAGGCAACACAUAUCAUUUGGGUAAUCGUCCAGAGAUAACAGAAGAAGGGGUUAAGUUUAAAUCUCCAUAUGACAAUUCAGAAAUUAUGCUUACUCCUGAAAAAUCAAUAGAAAUUCAAAAUUGCAUAGGUGCUGAUAUUAUUAUGCAACUAGAUGAUGUUGUUCAGACAACAUUUCAAGAUUAUGAUCGUAUUAAAGAAGCUACAGAAAGGACAAGUCGUUGGCUUGAUAGAUGUUUGAAAGCACAUAAAAGACCUACUGAACAAAGUAUAUUUCCAAUAGUACAAGGUUUGCUAAAUGAAAAAUUAAGACGUUGGAGUGCCAGAGACCAUAUGAAAAAAAAUGUUAAUGGUUUUGCUAUAGGGGGUUUAAGUGGUGGUGAAGCUAAAGAUGAUUUCUGGCCAAUGGUUAGUUUAGGUACAGAGGUAUUGCCCAAUAACAAACCUCGAUAUCUAAUGGGUGUGGGUUUGGCUGUUGAUUUAGUAGUUUGUGUUGCUCUUGGUGUAGAUAUGUUUGAUUGUGUUUUUCCAACACGCACUGCAAGAUUUGGAUGUGCACUUAUCAACAAAGGACAGUUAAAUUUAAAACAAAAGCUUUAUGAAACUGAUCUAAAUCCUAUAGACAAAGACUGUUCAUGUUCUACUUGCAAAAAUUACACAAGGGCAUAUUUACAUUGUAUAGUAUCAGUUGAAACAGUAGCUUGUCAUUUGAUAUCAGUACAUAAUAUUGCAUUUCAGAUGCGACUUAUGAGAACAAUGAGAGCACAUAUCAUUAAUGGCACAUUUGUCAAAUUUCUUAAGGAAUUUAUGAAUGAAGUUUUCCCUGAUGCAAGCUAUCCUAAUUGGGUAACAAAUUGCUUAUCUUCUGUUGGAAUAAACUUAUUAGAAGCA